AUGGAACCCGUCACGCUUUAUACUGAUAUACCAGCCCCACCCCCCAUCUCACUACCUGGCCAACAGUCAUCAAUGAAACAAUGCCUCAAAGAAUUCGCUCCACAUCAUGGGUAUCUUAUCUCAAUUGGUCCAUUGGACAUCAAGAAGAACAUCUAUAAAUAUAGGUGUCACCGCAGUGGCUUACCUGAGUUGGCCAAAGAUCCAUCAAAGGGAUCCAAAUCAUUGAAAAUCAACUGUCCAUUCGAUCUGAAGGUUACGUUCAAGAACGGGUUAUGGAUGCUUUCUCAUGUCAACAUCAAUCAUAAUCACCCACCCAAUUUUGAUCUCAGACCGCCUCAACACCCAACACCACCAAUCAAGAUUAGUGAAGAUAUCAAAACAGUCAACAACUCUCAAUCUGCAGUUGACAAGGACCAAAUCGUCACUCAAGUUGACACUUUCCUUAGCUUGAUAGGCCCCAGGAUCAAGUCUUUGUCCGCUGAACAGCAAAAGGAGGUAGUGUUACAGAUUGAUAAACUGCUUACAAGAGUUGUUGAUAUUGAGUCGGUCCCUGUAAUCACCAAUCCUAUCCCGAUGGCACCUAUUCAGCUACCAAUAUCUCAACCUCAAGAUGUCUUGGUUGAAGCUUUAGCACCCACCAAUCAAAUCUGCACGGUUGUAGAAUUAGAGCCACAAGAAAAGACCAAACCGUUAGCCGCCAAAUCCAACUCUUACAAUUACACAUCACAGCUUAAUAACACAGCGGAAGCUGCUACCAAAAAUGUUCAAUUAGGUCCCGAUGAAAAUGCAGACACAAUGCUUAUCCCAGAUCCUACUGGGAUUGCACUGACACCCCCCCAACAAGCUCAUAUGAGCGAACCCACUACAGACACCGUGAAUUCUUCAAUACAUACUGUGAAAAUGUAUGGGUGUUUUCAAACACCUUAUCGUCACCUGUGA